AUGACACGAAUGAUAUUCCUCCUCCUGUCUCUGGCCAUGACUGCCGUCUCCGCCAAACAAACAGCAAAGACAUGCCACACUUUCCCCUCCUCAAUGGAGGAAUACUCCGCCGAGUUCCAGCAACCGAAUCCCCCACUGAUCAAGAACGAAUUCAAAACCAGCUUCAUCCAGCACAAAUGGAAUCAAAACCUCUCCCACGUCACGUCGGGGUACAUCUACUUCUCUCCCUCGCAGGGGAUCGUCCGCGCGGACGAGGCCUUCGACGGGGCCAUGGCCACCUCUGUCUUCGACUACGACAAUAUGACCGCAGACGGGCUGGUCGAUAACACCAUGACCUCCUUCGGAUUCGAUAUGCGUCCUGUGGUCUGGAGGGGGUAUGUUUUGUCGAAUUAUCCGCUGUUUGCGGAGGAUAUGCUGGUGCAGGGAGGGGCGACGUUUGGGGGGCUGGUUGAGAGGGAUAUUGUGCGGGGGCGUGUGGCGGCGUGGAAUCUUAUGUAUGCUUCUAUUCCGCUGACUAUCUAUGUGGAUGCUUGCGGUGUCAUGGUGGGGUUUGAUUACUUUUCGCCGCUGCUGAGGACUAGGGUCAUUACGGAGUUUUUUAACAUUGAUGUUGGUCCUGUCAAGGUGUGA